UUAACCACUGUUUGCUUCACAGUGGACACAAAAUAGCUUUGGGGUUCAUCAUAUUCAGUGAGGUAAAAACAGCUGAUAGCAAAAAAAAAAGAAAUUAGGGGGGGAAGUGCAUGUGAAAGUAGCCUAAUGCAGGUCCAGUCGGUGCCCCUCGGCUCUGUCACCAUCGGUCCGCAGUCUUGGCACGAUGGGACGGUCCGCUCCAUCCGGCGGGCUGAGCGCCUGGUGCGGCAGACUCGGGCCGGGCUGUCCGGGACUUCCAGCCGGCCCCCUAGCUGCAGCGCCGCCGCCAGUUUUACACCAAAGCGCACAGACUGCACAGCGGAAACAACCGAAGAUAAGAUCACAGAGGAGGAAUGCGGAGAGAAUCGUGACUCCAUCUGCAAAAAUAAGAUGUCGAGGCCCCAGACAACAGGAGCGAUGUUUCCAAGUGGCUCCCAGAGGAUGUCUGUGGCCCCGUUCCCACCUACCAGCUUGCGUGAGCGGUGUGCUGGGGCCAGCAUUGCCGUGGCCGGUGAGUACAUGCGAAGGGUGCGGGAGGUGGAGGGCCAGCUGCGCAGGCAAGCCGGCAGGGUGACCCAGGAGGGCAUCAAGCUGGAGAGGGAGAGGGGUCACCUUGAGAGGAUGCUGCGCAGCCUCAGGACUGAUCUGACCGUCAACAGGAGGAGCUCAGAGGGGAGGACUAGGAGGCCGUCCACUGCUGAGACAGAGAGAGAUGGAGCUGAUUACUUGUUGUUGUGUGAGAGAAAAGAGCUGGCCCAGUUGAAACAGGAUCUGGAAGGAGCGCUGAGAAACACACUGACCCAGCUACAGGCCCUGGGUCAGAGCAGCAAACACCUGUUGGACUGCGCCAGUGAGAGGGCUCGUGUCCUGGAGCUGCUGCCUCAUAGCAGCUCUGCUGGAGGACACCGCUGCGCUGCUCAGACCUUCACCAAAGCAGAUCCCGUCAGCCCCUUUACACCAGAAUGUAAACAGAUUUUAGAGUCGUCCAGUUUGACAGUCAACCAGUCACAGCUACUGAGGGAAAACAUCAGACAGAUGCUAACCAGUGCCAUCUCCAGGCAGAAAGCUGUUCACCAUACAGUCAAUGAUGGCCUGGUGAAGAAAAUCAGUGAGACAAUCGGUCUGCAGCAAAACCUAACUUUGAUGUCAGCAGCCACCAGACAGGCCAUGUUUCGCAAGCAGAGGGAAAUUAACUGUAUUCGGCAAAGCCACGACAGAGUGCAGGGUCCAGAGUACAGCGGUGACAUUCUGUCCAGAGAGAAACUCAACAGGCCUCUGGUGCAGGUUUAUCAGAGACACCCAGGGACACAGUUACCUGAGGCUGCUCAUCUCAUAGAGGGCAGUGCAGUGCUGAGGCGAUGUCUCAUGUCCUCUGAGGGUGAGCUGGCGAGGCUGCAGCGUGCCUUUCUACAGAUGCUGGACGACCAGCAUGGCAAGACAGCAGCAGCUCAGGUGGACGCAGCUGUCGUCCGCAUGAGGCGCCAGCAGGUCGACGUGCGAGCCAUGCCUUCUUUCCUCCAGCAGGGGGCAUGCAGGAGCCAACUCACAUUGUCUUGUGUUCGGUAGGGGUGCAGCAAGCAUGCAAGUAGAGAGGGAUGAUGGUGUUAAGUGUUUUUUGAGAAAGAGGGAGAAGCUGUGUGCAAAAUGUGCUGGAUUAAGAAGAAUUAAUGCUAUUUAAGGGAAUAGUGGGGUUUCUAGCUUUGUGGCAAGAGUUUGUGGAGCCCUUUCCUAUUUCAGUUACCCCAUGCACAAGGUCAGGUCUAUAAAGAAUUGGUUUUGACCAACUUGACUGGCCUGUAUAGACCCCUGACCUCAAACCCAUGCAACACCUUUGAGAUAAACUGAAAUGCAGAUCAUGAUCCAGGCCGUAUGCUCUUCUGGCUGAACUGGAGCAAAUCCCUGCAGUGUGAAAAGCCUUCACAGAAGAGUGGAGGCUGUGAUAGCAGAAGACUAAUGCCCACUGUUUCAGAAGGAACUCAACCACCACAUAAGGGUAGAAUGUUCAGGUGUCCACAUACUUUGUAUGUUCCUACACUGAGCUGCACACAGUUUUUUUUCCCUUUGUGCAGCAACAUUUUAAACACCGAAAUACAAAUUCAAACAAAUUCUUAACGAGUUACAAAACAAUGUGCAAGACUCUUGUGUUAAAAUCUUCCUGUUCAUGAAGAAAGCAAACUCUGAGGAUUUGUCUAAUGUAACAUAGGAAAGCUUAGACAUUUACUCAAUUAGCUGAUGCUUUUUUUAAUCCAAAGCAAAUUACAAUUGCUAUAUAUGUCAGAUUUUGCAAGCCUCUGGAGCAGCUAGGGGUUAAGUGUCUUGCUCAGGGACACAUUGGUGAUGUCACAGUGGGAAUCAAACUAGGUCUCUCAUACCAAAGGCACAUGUCAUCCUCU